UGAAACCAACCCUAAGCUCUUUUUAUCUCCGCUCUAAAGGUAGCCCCUAUUGUUGCUGACUUAAGCAUCGGAGUGUCUACCCCGAGUUUCACCUCGUGGCUUUGCAGGUCAUCUCGGAGUGCAAACGCGGACUGAAGGACUUCUGGUUUGGUGCAAUUACAUUGGCGCCGUCUGUGGGAAACCAAACUGAAAGCUUUCUUGUUGCUCUUUCAUCAUGGUUCAUACUCGAUCAGUCCGAGUUGGCAAUUCAUCUCUGCCCCUUGGGCAAGGUCAACCCCCCAACAAUCUUCCACCUCUGAUCCCACCUCAACUCCAACUCCCACCUCAGCUUCCACCUCAGGCCCCAACUAUGUUCCCUCCUAUUGAUCAUGCAGAAGGAGGAGAUGAAAACCAACCUCAUGCCUCAGUUCACAACUCAACUUCCACUGCCAAUCAAGACAUAGUUGCAACUCAGCUUGCUGCCAUGCAACAGCAGUUUGGUGUCUUCCAGCUAGUAUUGGCUCAGCUUUUAGCUAGAAACAACCCUGGUGAUCCCCUCAUUAAUUUACUGAACCCUGCUCAACAACUCCCAGCUCCACAACAGAAUCCUCAACUGGUUCAGCAUGCUUCCGCUAUUAGUGAAUCUCAGGGUCAAUCCCACAUAGCACCCGCUCAGCAACCCCUCCCUAAUGAUGUCACUCGACGCCUCGAUAGCUUGGAAAAGCUAGUAGCUGAACACCGAGGUGCCCCACCCCCACACCAUGCUACUGACUCCAUACCUCACCCCCUGAACACUAACAUUACACUGGAACCCUAUCCUGCUGGCUUCAAAAUACCACAACUGGAGACUUAUGAUGGGACGAAAGAUCCCGAUGAUCACCUGCAUGCUUUCUACUCUUGCAUGCAAGCUCAGAAUGCCUCUAACGCGUUGAUGUGCAAAAUCUUCCCCUCUACUUUGCGAGGUAAUGCUCGAACUUGGUAUUACAGUCUACCUCUGAGGUCAAUUAGUUCUUAUACAGAAAUGACAUCUGCCUUUGCCACUAAGUUUUCCAGUAGAAGGUUGAUUAGGAAACUACUUCUGAGUUGAUGCGAGUUAAACAGAGGGACGGAGAGUCUCUGAAGAACUACAUGAGCAGAUUCAAUGAUGUAGUGUUGGAGGUUAGUUCCUUCGACCAAGCUGUGGGCAUUGCAGCUGUGAUCUCCGGUCUUAAACAUGAUAGGUUCAGAGACAGCCUAAUCAAACAUCCUGCCAUCA